AUUAGGUGCCGGUCAGAUACAUGCUGUGGUAGGAUUCCACUAGGGGAUUCUAGUGCAGAAACUAUCUGCCUAACUAAUGAGUGGAUCAGAACCUGUUGAUGAUAGAGCAGACACUAGAAGAUUAACACGUACACAGGCACUAAGGGUACCACAUGUGUUCAGGACCUUGGACGAGGAAGAAUUAAGACAACUUCGCGCCGAAAGCAGAGCCCGUGCUCUCGCAGCAUCGAGAGCAACAGCAAACGCCGCAGCUAGGGAACAGGCUGCCACAGCAGCUAGGGCAGCAGCCAUGACUAGCUCAGCAACAUCCUCUUCGGCUUUGUCAGGGACUAAUGGGAUGAGUGUGGGAAUGCCAACUAGUUCCACAAGUUCCUCGGGCACUUCCGGGUCUACAGGCUCUGGAGGGUCUUUUAGUCAAAUGGCAGGCUCGCAGUUCAGCCCCAUGACCGCACGAGAGCGGGAGCUCAAAGAGAUCCAACAGGUCGAGAGGCUCCGCCAACAGUUAGAGGAGGAUCUAAAGAAAGCAACCGAUAGAGAAAAAGAGAUAAAAAGUAGAGCAGCCAGACUUGAUACGUUAGAGGCUGACAAGGCUGCGUUAGAGGGAUUGGACGAAUCAAGUUUGUCUGACCCCCUGAAAGUGUUGAGGGACAACAUGUCGUCACUGCAUGCGCAUGUGGACAGCAGGAUGGACUUCAUGCAAAGCACGUUGGACCAGAUCCUAGAUGCGUUGACAAAGCCAGGAUUCCGGCCACCAGCACAAUCGUCGUUGCCGUUAACGGCGAUGUCAGGCCCCUUUGCCGUACAAGUUGGCACACAGCCAAGUGGCACAUCCGCAGCAGCAGUACAGACUGUUGCAUCUUCUUCUUCGGGUCCAGUGGUGAUUGCUGCAUCACCACAACAACCUGUUCAGUCAACUGGACAGCCGCAAGGUCAAUGGUAUCCCAAGACCCCAAUGAAACCACCUCUUGCCUUCUCAGGCGAGAGAAAGGACGAGGAACUCAACACAUGGUUGAGGACGGUCCCAGUUUGGGUGAAGGCCAAAAGGACCUUGCCUGAGGACGAAGUGGUAACUGCGGCAUCUUACCUUGAGGGUAAGGCAGCCAAGUGGUUAGAUGGUGUAGUUGUGAAGGCCGGGUACGGGAGACGCAUGGCGGAUUGGGCUAAGUCAUUGACUUUAGACCAAUUCAUGGAGAUGGUAGACGCUCGAUGGCAUAACCCACAGGAGGCUCAAAGGGCCACUGAUGCCAUUAACAAACUUGACCAACGCAAGUUCAGGCUGCACCUACAGGACCGGGUACGGCACCUUAGUAGACCAGUAGCAUCUACUUUGGCCAACAAGAAGCGCAUGAUUGUUACAGACUACCUCAAGGACGUAGUUUGUACCCUCUCCUAUGGAGGAGGUGAGCUUAACCAUAAAAUCUCGUUCUUGGUUAGUAACGACUUGCCAUUUGACAUGUUGCUAGGCAUGUACUACCUCGAUACUGCUAAACCCCAGUUUGACUGGGAUAAGAAGGUGCUCAAACAGAAGUUGCCCGAUGGCCGAACUGUCAUAAUGACUAAGUUCAAGGCCAGCAGUAUUGUAGAUACAUAUGGUUGCUUGUGUGCAUCAGCGUUCUACAAUUAUUACAAGCAAAACCAAGAGGAGGGUAUGUACCUUGUUUAUGUCUCUGAGAAGGGGGAGGCCGUUAAAACACCCCCAAAGAUAGAACGCGUCGUUGCUAAGUUCCCUGAUCUGUUCGAGGAGCCCACAGGAGUUGUUGAUAGGGAAGUCGUCCAUGCUAUAGAAAUCAUUCCAGGGAAUAAGUUUGUCGUAGUCUAUCUAGACGACAUUCUGGUCUUUAGUAAGUUUGCCGAGGAGCACGCACAACAUGUUGAGACAGUUCUCUCACUCCUACGACAUCACAAGUAUAAAGUCAACUUAGAGAAGUGUGAAUUCGGUCGCACUAAGAUACUAUACUUGGGUCAUGAAGUAUCCGCGAAGGGGAUUAGGCCGGAAGAUGCGAAGGUGGCUAGUAUUCGAGACUGGCCACGACCUCAGACAGUCACUGGGGUCAGAUCACUCUUAGGAAUGUGCGGCUACUAUAGGAACUUCGUAAAGAACUAUUCUACAGUCACCUCUCCUUCGACUGAUCUAACUCGACAAGACACACCGUGGGACUGGAGUGAUGAGUGCGAGGGUGCUUUUAAGAAAUUGAAGCAUGCACUCAUGAAUCAUGAAGUUCUCAUGGUUCCCGAUCCGCAAAAGCCAUUCAUAGUGACCACUGACGCAAGCCAAUACGGCAUUGGCGCAGUGCUGGCUCAGCAGGAUGGGAAAAAGUUGAGACCGAUUGAGUACAUGAGUAAGAAGAUGCCAUCGAAGAAGUUGGCUAAGUCCACCUACGRAAGGGAACUCUAKGCUCUCUACAAGGCACUUGUCCAUUGGAGACACUUCCUUUCGGGAAGGUUCUUCUAUCUGAGGACUGAUCAUCAGACCCUCAAAUGGAUCAAGACUCAACCGGCUCUUUCCGAUGCACUCAAGCGAUGGAUUGAGGUCRUAGACCAAUAUGACUUCAAGCUUGAGUACCCGAAGGGAGAGUACAACAAGGUUGCAGACGCGCUAUCCCGUAGAGCAGACUACCUAGGUGCGCUAAUUUAUGAAUUUGGCGUAUCUAAUGAAGUAACUCAAUCAUUGGUGGGGGCCUAUCAGGAAGACCCUGUCCCGAUGGACAUCAUCCGCAAACUUCAGGCAAAAGACAAGGCCACAGAAAGUGAGUUUGUGAUGGUGGGUGGGCUAAUCUAUCUUGAUAAGGCCGGAGUAAAGAGAUUGGUAGUUCCAUCUAGUGAACAGUUGCGUAGUUUGUUUUUAGGCGAAUGUCAUGACGCAUCUGGGCACUUUGGCUACAAGAAAACGAGUGCUAACUUAGUACAACGAUUUUGGUGGCCCAGAAUGUUAGAUGACGCAAAUAAGUAUGUUGAGACCUGUCAGGUCUGUCAGCGGGACAAGCUGCGAACUCAAGCACCGCUUGGGUUAUUGAAGCCUUUACCUAUUCCUGAUGGUCCAGGAUUGAGUGUUUCCAUGGAUUUCACGGACACUCUUGUGACCAGCAAGAGUGGUAAGAGGCACAUCUUCAUCAUCAUUGACCGAUUCACCAAGUACGCUAGACUAGUACCAAUGCCAGAGACAACCAGGACUGAAUACGUUAUCAAGUUGUUCAAGGACAACUGGGUAAGGGACUUUGGUUUACCACAGACCAUCAUUAGUGACUGAGAAGUCCGAUUUACAAGUGAGCUGUGGAAGAAGACUGCGGAACAGAUGGACAGUCAACUUCAAAUGACUUCAAGGAAUCAUCCCGAAGCCAACGGACAAGCCAAACAGAUGAAUAGAGUUGUACAGCACUUGCUGAGGCAUUACAUCAAGCCCAACCAGGAUGACUGGGAUGAGCAGUUACCUCUCCGCCAGCAUGUACAACAAUGCUAUACAUAGCAGUCCCGGCGUUAGUCCUAACCAGCUGCGCUUAGGAUGGAGACCUAGAUCAGCACUACACUUCCUCCUACCUGAAAACCGACCUGUUGCAACUCCAGGCACGGUGGAAUACGGUGUGCAGUAUGAGAAGUUGCUGCAAGAGGUUGUUGAACAUAUGAAGAAGGCUCAGCAAGCCAUGAUUGCUUCUGAGAAUCAACAUCGCAGACAGUC